GAACCACAGGUCUGGAGCCCGGCUCUCCUCCGGCACCAGUCCCUAAAGAUGGACAAACACCAGUUCCCACGAUGCGGGCUGUCUCCACCCACCAGCUGUGGUCACCUGGAGCUCUGAUAGGGUUAUUGAUCAGAUCAUUACCUCAGAUUUCAUAGUCAAAAAAAGUAUGCCAUUCUAUGAAGCAAAUUAAUUUAAUUAAAAUACGUAACGUAACGCGGACGGCCCCUCACGCACGUCCACACCUGUGGACGGUUUCAGGUUGAUGUGUGAGCUGGAGCUGAUUGAUCAACGGGACCAGCUGGGCAGGUCCGGGUCCCGGCAGGAGGGCGGCUGGAUGGCGGAUCUCGGAGCCGGCGGACGGUGUCCCGUCAGCGGGCAGGGUGCCAUGGUGAUGCGGGCUGCUGCACUGCAGGAUGCAGGUCGCCCGGCGGCCACGGGCCGCUGCACGGAGGAGCCUCCUCGCUGAGGCGGAACCCGCGACUCCCGGUGCCCGCCGGGGGCUCCCGGAGCCGGGGCCGCCGGCCACAGCCUCCCCUCCGCCGCAUCCCCGCCAGCAGCGGCGGGCUGACGGGCCCCCGGGCCCCGGUCCUCCUCCUCCCCGCCGGUGGAGCAUCUGCACCCGGGCCGGUUCAGAUCAGCAUCCGCAGAGAAAAGGACGCGUUCCUGGAAAAAAUGUGUAAAAGUGUGAAAUAGCCGGUCCUCCCCCUGCGGCGCGGGGCGGAGCUCCAUACCGGACUAGACGCUCCUUCUGUCGGAUUCGUUUCGACCCGACUCCCCGGGGUUUACGGCUGAAAAAGGCACACUUUCAAAGUCCCAAAAUCGCCCAAACGACCGAGGCUGUGAGCGGUAAUAACCCGGGCUUCCGACCGAACUAGCAGAGGAGGGAGCGGCGGAGUCUUCUCAGCAGGUGCUGCAGGAUGAACGGCAGCAGCAGCGUCUCCGCGGCUCAGGGCGCCACGAUCAAGACCGAGAUAGGUGAGUGGAGUAAGGAGGAGUGUCUGACCCUGCUGGAGAGGAUUCGCAGCAUGCUGCCGGACGCAGACGGCAUGAAGUAUAAGACCACUGAGUCGCACUUUGACUGGGACAAAGUUUGUUUCGGGAGUUUCACCGGUGAUAUGUGCCGGCAGAAGUGGAUUAAGGUCUCCUCAGAGGUCCGGAAGUACAGAACGAUGACGGAGCUCAUCGUGGACGCCAUGGAGUUUGUCAAGAACCCGUACAAAGGCAAGAAGCUGAAGACUCACCCCGACUUCCCCAAGAAGCCUCUGACUCCGUACUUCCGCUUCUUCAUGGAGAAACGAGCCAAAUACGCCAAAAUCCACCCGGAGAUGAGCAACCUGGAUCUCACCAAGAUUCUGUCCAAGAAGUACAAGGAGCUGCCCGAGAAGAAGAAGCAAAAGUACAUCACAGAGUUCCAGCGAGAAAAGGAAGACUUUGAGAAGAACAUGAACCGCUUCAAAGAGGAGCAUCCAGACCUGAUAGAGGAGAGAAAGAAGUCGGACUUGCCAGAGAAACCCAAAACGCCCCAACAGCUGUGGUACAAUCAUGAGAAGAAGAGCUACAUGAAGCUACACCCAGAGGUGAGUCAGAAGGAGCUGAAGGAGAUUCUUCGGAGACAGUGGUCUCAGCUGUCGGACAAGAGAAGACUCAAGUGGAUCAGCAAGGCCCUGGAGCUGCAGAAAGACUACGAGGGCAGUAUGAGGGCGUAUCAUGAAGCUCAUCCAGAUAUCAACUCAGACGAACACGUCCGCUCCGUCCUCACCAAGGCCGAGAGGCAGCUGAAGGACAAGUUCGAUGGACGGCCAACGAAACCUCCACCUAACGGCUACUCUCUGUACUGCGCUGAGCUGAUGGUGAACAUGAAGGACGUGCCCAGCACCGAGCGCAUGGUGCUCUGCAGCAAACAGUGGAAGAUGAUGACGCAGAAGGAGAAGGACAUGUUCCAGAAACGCUGCGAGCAGAAAAAGAAGCAGUACGACGUGGACCUGCAGCGCUUCCUGGAGAGCCUUCCAGAUGAGGAGCGAGACCGGGUUUUAGGGGAGGAGAAGAUGGGCGGUUCCAGGGGCGUGGCCUCCAGCCCACACAGGGCCAAGUCUCCAUCAGUGAAGGAGCGAAUUCGGGAGGCGGAGCCAGAAACGUGGGCGCCUGCCGGGGCGCCCAAUAACAGGCGGGACGUGAAGAAGACGGGGAAGCUCCCAGAGACACCAAAAACGGCUGAAGAGAUGUGGCAGCACAGUGUGAUCGGAGACUACCUGGCCAAAUACAGAAGCGAUCGCAGGAAGGCUCAGGGAGCAAUGGAGGCGACCUGGAAGUCCAUGGAGAAGAAGGAGAAGAUCCUCUGGAUCAAGAAGGCGGCAGAGGACCAGAAGCGUUACGAGGUUCAGUACCGACCCGUGAGGGAGCUGUUGGAGAUGAGGACUCCGGCGGGGGCUCAGCGGAAGCCAAAGUUCGACGGGGAACCGAAGAAGCCUCCGGUGAGCGGCUAUCAGAUGUUCUCCCAGGAGCUGCUGACGAACGGCGAGUUGAACCAUUUCAGCCUGAAGGAGCGCAUGGUGGAGAUCGGCAAGCGGUGGCAGAAGCUCAGCCAGAAUCAGAAGGACAAGUACAAGAAGCUGGUGGAGGAGCAGCAGGUGGAGUACAAGGCUGAGCUGGAGGCCUGGGUCAAGUCUCUGACUCCGCAGGACCGAGCAGCGUACAAGGAGUUCUCCAGCUCGAAACGACGCAGCACCGCUAAAGUUCGCAGCAGUCCGGUCGCUAAAGUCCGCGUCACAGCAAAGGGGAAGGCCGGAGGAUCAAGGGCAGCGACACCGGGCGUGAGCGUGGGCAAGAGGGCGAUGGCGUACCGCGCCAAGCAGGACAUGUCUGACUCAGACGACGAAGAAGAGAAGAGCGACUCGACAGACUCUGAUGAAGAUGAUGAGACAUCGGGAAGCACUGACAGUGAGGACGAAGAUGAGAAUGACGAAGAUGAUGAUGACGAAGAGGACGAUGAAGAUCAGAGCUCCUCAGAAGAAUCCAGCGAGUCAGACUCAGAUUAGCCCCACCCACUCCCACUCAUUGAUGAGGACAGGCUGUGCAGGCCACACCUCCUCACACGCCACUCAUCCCGGAGGAUCAAUGAGAGGUGGCGAUGGCAGAAGUGGGCGGAGCCUUCCAGGGCAUUUUUGUUACUAGUGUUUGUUGGUUUUUAUCUGAUGGACGUUCGGGACUAGUUGACGAGGGUUUCUUAGUUGUUUUUUUUGUUGUUUUUGAGGGGUUUGUACAGUGUUAAAGACAGGGGGUGGAGCCUGUUGGUUACCGGUGAGGGGGAGGAGUCAGUGUUGGACAUCCCCCUCAUAAAAUAAAAAUUAAAUAAAUGCACUUUUUCUCACCUCUUUGUUGUGUCAUCGGUGACAUCACGGCUGCAAAAAGUGUGCAGCCUAAACCCUCUAUUUCCUGUGUGCUCUGGUGAGCAUCCUGUCAGUCCUCCCCCUGCUCCCCGCUCACUCUGCUGUUACUGAUUACCUUUCUAAACCAACCAGGCAUGUUCCUGCAGGUCACAUUGCCAUGGCAACAAAGGCAGUCGGAGGAUGUUUGUUUCUAAACUUAAUCUGGUCAAAGGGGGGGGCGGGGCUUCCCCCACUUCAAAUAGAUACAUGGGGCCCAUCUGUGGUUAGACUUUAUCACCAGAUGGAGUUAAUGUUCAUAAUGAUGAAAACGUCCUGUAAGUUCAGGUUCCUCAUGUACUAACAGUUACACACAAAAUGAACGUAGUACAAAAAGUAAGGAAAUUUGUGUUUGGUAGAUGUCUUUGUUGUAACGAUGCUUCUUGGCAAUAAAUCUCAUACCGUUGGAAA